AUGACUUUAAAAACUGACAACAUUCAAAACGUUGAAUAUGAAGUCUACAGAAAUUCAGAAAAACUAGGUGGUAUCUUUACUUGUGGUGCUGCAUUCUUGAGUGAUGGAUAUCAACAGGGUGUUAUGACCAUGGCUAAUGCUGUUUUAUCAAAAUCUUUUAAAGGCUAUACUACCAAAUACAAAACAAUGGUUUCUAAUUCUAUCUUGGUGGCUAAUAUAAUUGGUCAAAUUGCUUUUGGGUUUAUUACAGAUCGUGUGGGUAGAAAACAAGCUUUCAUUUAUACCACUGUAUUCAUUAUUGUUGGUGCUAUUGUUUGUGCUUGUGCUUCUGGAUCCACUGAACAACGUAUUUUGGGUUGUGGUGUUGGUGGUGAAUAUCCAACUUCUGCUUCUGCAAGUAUUGAAACAGCAAAUGAGAAAAUGAGUAUCAAAAAUAGAGUUACUCCAUUUAUUAUGUCUACAAAUUUCUUCGUUGCCGCAGGUAUUCCAAUUGCUACAAUUGUAUUUUUAAUUGUUCAUGAGAUUUGGGGACCAAAUCAUUUAAAUGGUAUAUGGAGAACAUGUUUUGCUAUCGGUGCAGUAAUUCCAAUAUCAAUUUUCUAUUUCCGUUGGAAAUUAGAUCAUGCAAAUUCUUAUAAAACUAAUGCUAUCAAGAGAAAAGUUUCGUAUAAAUUGGUUUGGAAAAAAUAUUGGAAAGAAUUUGUCUCUACUGCUGCAAUGUGGUUUUUCAUGGAUAUGAUUGUUUAUCCAAAUAAUAUCUUUAGUACUUCCAUCUUGGCUAACUGUUGUAUUGGAUUAAGAUUUCUCACAAGAAGACAAACUAUUAUCUCUGGUUUUAUUGGAUAUGGUAUUAUUAGUUUCAUUGUUGGUGGUGCUUUUGAGAAAUUUUCUGAAAUUCCAGCUUUAUUAAUCAUCUUUUAUGCUUUGUUAAAUAUGAUUAUUAACUUUGGUCCUGCUAGUCUACAAUCUGUGGUUAGUUCUGAAUCUUUUCCAACUGCCGUUAGAGGUACAAUUUAUGGUAUCUCUGCAGGUAUUGGGAAAGCAGGUGCUGCUGUCGGUACUAAAGUUUUCACACCAUUACAAGUCAAUUAUGGGAAAAGAUACACUUUCUUUCUAAGUGGUGGUAUUUCGUUUUUAGGUGCUAUUGUUGUUUGGUGGGGAUGUCCAGAUUAUGGUGAUCGUAAAUUAUAUUUUCUUGAUGAAGAGUUGAAUCAAUAUUUAAAAGAAAAUGGAUGGGAAGGUUCUAUUGGUGAAAACGAAAACGCAAAAGAGCUAUAA